GUUCGCUGGUUUAUAACAAAAGAGGACAAUUCGAGGUUCAAUGAACUAUGUUUCUGUUUCUAAAUAUGACUUUGCCGCGGCCGAAAUCGGCCAAUCAGUUCGCGGCAAUUAGUGUCCACGCAAGUUACGGGGGACUAUUGAAUACAUAUCCCGGGGGCUGUAGUCAGCUGCAAGCAACAACGUCAUAUGCUCGUGACUGCUUGUGACUAACUAUGUAUGUUUAGCUUUCAAGGUCAUUUGAAACAAAAAGAAAACCCCCGAGCUACAAGAUCGAUUUGUUUGUUGACAUGCACAUUAAGGACUCGCAAUCAGCGGGUGAAGCAAAAGGGAAAGAGGCCACGAAACAGUAACUAGGUAGGUUGUUAUGUUAAUCCGGGCUUUGUUAGCCAAUAACUCAAAGUAAGUUCUGUGUAUUGUGCUUUUCAUGUUCAGAAACACUGCUGUAAUUAAUUUUCAAUGUAAGUAUCGUUAAAACAGCCUGCUUUUUAAUAGCAACGCGAUGAAUAACGAUUAUUGGGUUUGUCGUGCGGGCCAUUCAAUCAGCGAGAAGUAAAAACAACUUUAAAAACACAAGCACACAAUGAUUGCUCGGCCAAGCGGAGCAGCGGUAGGCACAGAUGAAUUUUUAUUCUUAAUUAAUUUCGAUAGAGAAAAGUCUCAAUGCGCUUACGAAAAUCGUCGUUUAACUUUGUAAGUUAUUUUGGUAAGGAACUGCAUGUUGUCAGACGACACUGAAAGAUAAACGACACUCAAUCACGCCCAACUUUUCAAGUAUAAUUUGGAAACCUAUAGCUUCGUGAAACUUCAAUCAACCAAAUUCAAAUUGUUCGUUUGCAUUUUCAAUAUGAGUACAAAACUUUCGAAUUAAUAUUUCCGGCAACAAAACACCUUCCUAAUCGCCUCUAUACCUAUUACUUAAAACAAUUUGCAUAGACCAAAAACACAGUAGGAUUGACAGUUUACCAUAAAAAGCGAUUAACGAGUAAUUUGGAAGGUUAUAAAUGGCCGCCUUGGACUACCAAGUUUACGCUUUACCGAGUUCUUUGUUCGCGAUGUACUGACCAAUAAUGACAGAAACAAACCAGUAGACACUUUGGAGCCUAAUAUUUAUAACCAUCUGAGCGAGUCCGUGUGUUGGUAGAAAUUAUUUCUAUUGAAGGACGUUUACUGCGGAAAAAAAAAAAGGAAUUUUACUUUUCUGUAAGUUCCUUAAGACUAAGGGAAGUGUUAAGCAAAUUAGCACGAUUUUUCAGCGACAACGGAAGAAUUGGAAAGCAACGAGCUCAAGAACUUUCAUCGCAAGCGUAUGUAAGUAUCAACAACACAGUUUGGUGUUCACUUUGAAUUCCUCUUUCACAAACGAAUUACGAUCAGUAAUCUCAAAUUCGGCGACCACUGAAACACCACUUUGCACAGCCUUGUCCCUAACAAUAAUUUCUACACUUGUUAUAGGUUUUAGGAAACCUGCAGAGGUUCAUGCCGCGCGGUCAAUAACCAAGUUAUCUGAAGCAUUCUCUUGGUUACUGCACAAAAAUGUACAAAAAGCUGCGCUAUGUAAAAUUUUGAGCGCACAGAAGGUCCUGAUAGUUUUCCAACUUUGUAUUACGAGGUUAGCGCGGUCAGUCUCAUAGUUUAUCGCGCCGUCCAAAAUCGAUCGGAAUUUCAAUUAGUUUUGUAAGCAAUUCGACUACCAAAUCUUAUCCUAAAAUUCAGAGAGGGAAAAACAAUGCAACAUUGAACAACAUUGAAAGAAACGUUGAAAGAUUGUACAUGGGGUUUCGUAGAGUCUCAUGAAACUGCUUUAUCGUCAGCACAUGAAAACUGCUACCUACCCUAAGGAAAUUAGACGUAGACGAAAGAGUAUCUGAAAGAACAACCGUGAACAGCUUUUGUGAUCUCCCACGGUUGGUGCUAAAAAGCUUCACUUAGCUGUUACCAUUCAACUAGCAUUCUAAUUAACGCUUUAAAUUGAGCAACAAUUAACAUGACACUGGUUCGUUUCCUCUCCUACCGUUAAAAAGUAUAUUUCAUUUUUGUCUAUGAAUCGGGCAAAAUUAUUUAGACGGUGAAAUUUCAUUUUGUGACAGACUUGCACUUAGAAAAAAUGCUUAUGUUUUGAAUUGUUAUUAAAAAUGCCCAGCAAUUAAUAUCGGCCUUUGUAACAAAGCAUGCCGUUGCUGAAAACAAAAAAGACGAGAAAGAGCUAAUAACUUCACCACACAUAACAACAAUAAAAACAUUGAGUCUUUUUAAUGUCGAGCAGCAAGCAAACAAGUUGGGACAGAUUUCCGCUUUAAUCAAUACCCCUGCCUAAAAAGCUAUCAUGGUAAUUUGUUUGAGAGUAAAGAAUUAUUUCUUUUUCAUUCCUUCUGAAUGUUGAUACCGAGUAUUAAGUCGGCUAGGUGUCCUACAACCAUCUCAAACAAAGAACACAAUUUUCAGUUUGAAGCAAUGACGACUGAGAACGUCAUCUCGGUUGAGAUUAUUAUGUUAAGUGCAUUUGUAAACAAGCUCAACCUUUCUCUUAAGCUUUGUGUACAUUUUUUCUUUCACCACGUUGACUCUUUUUUCGAGUAAAAUUUCUUCAAUGCUGAUUUACACAACCAAUUUAUGCAACUGAUUUUAGUACUAUGAACUUUCUUUACGCCUAGCUUCCAUGAAAUUUAUUCACAAGCACUCCAAAGCGAACUGCUCUCAGCGCUGCACUUCGUGCUCCUUUGACAUAUAUAUUGACCGCAAGGUCGUAAGGUAGCCAUACCAAAAGAGCGGCUGCAUAAACCAAUAUUUGCAUAUAACAUAGACAUCCUAAUUAAUUUUUCGUCUUUGGUUUUCUUUUUAUUACCAAGUAAUAAAUCCAUCAACGCAAGAAAGCCAGAUAAUUGGCAAAGUUAAAUCGACAUUUCAAUUAUAAUUUCACUAGCAAUAGUGGCACUGAAAAUACAAGCGAGAAAAAAAAUUGACCAGCCAAUCUUUCUUUCGUUGAAAAUGCAACAAAAUGAGACGCCAAACUUCAAAGCAUGUCAUUUCUACACAUAUUUGUAAAUGAAAUAUCACCAUAGAUUCUCCUGAUACACCUAUACAAGCCAGUUAAUAAUCCACGGAUUAUCACCAUGUGAUAACAUUUUUCCACAAAUUAUAAGCUUACCCCCCUACGUAGUACGUCUUGGCGUUUGAGUGUUAAAUAUAUUUUACAAACGUACACAGUGAAUGCAGCUAUAUUGAACACAACAUUAAGCAAAUUUUAACAGUCUCAGGUAUGGUAACUCUUAAAUUGCAGACUUAGCUCAUGUAAACGAAUAGUUUUAUAGUGCUUCGUCGUACCUUUUUUCUUGUCUCUUCGUUAGGAGCACACUUCGACAGAUUUUCGGUAUUUCUUUCUUUCUAUUUUGCUUUUUGUUUUGUCUAAUUUUAUUGGUUAUUGUUCCUUUCUGUCUCUUUCUGUGGCCUUUUACUGCAGGUUGUCCGUCUCUGUUCCCCAGGAUAAUUUUCGAUUAAGUUUUGCAAACAAGAGGCAGCAAAGAAAAGUAUCCAUCUUUCCAAGACAGAGUGUCGCGGAGAAAUUUACCUUGAAACCAUCAGAGAUACAGGUGGGAAUCACCUGUCGGCGAUCAAAUCCUGACCUACAAUAUCACCAUACUUGGUAUGGCAUAGGCUAUUCUAAUAUCGAAUACUGAACUGCAUAACACGAGUUCUGCUUAAUAACCGUGAAGCUGUCAAGCGUAUCUUGGCGGUAGCUUGCAUUAGUCGCAAGCUAGAGGAAUCUUAACCGAGAAGGUUUUGAGAUACUUAGUCGCAAACUAAUGAAUUUUCACAAAUUAAGGAAACUAACAGAUCACAGCGGAAAACAACCAAUGUCAAAAGCAGCGGGCAUUCUCACUAUUCGCCAUAUUUACCAUGAGAUUUUUUUCAAAUAAUGCCAAUUGACAAGGGUUUAGUUAUUCUAAACUCUUGCUUUGUGUGCUUCGUAAGAAAUGUCGGAACCUCUAGCGACACAAAUACCAAAAGUAAACCUGGACGACGUCGACGUGUACGACAUACAAAUACGAAAAAACAGAAAGUGAAAAUUUCCAUUAUUAUAAACAAUCACCGUCUACCGUGACUAAAUUAUCAAAAACAUUUAUCACAAAUGCUGAACAUUAAUUAGUUUUGUAGUGAGUAAGAUAAGAUAAGCUUUUAAAAUCCAAUCUCGUAUAUUUUAGGUGUUUCAAUCGGUGAAUAGGCCAUUGUAAGUGGAAGAAAACGAAACGGUAAAUGCGUGGAUACGCCUGUGAGCACGAACGAAUCGAACUUUUUUCCUCCGGGAUGUGAAACGUUUACCUCAAGAUACAUGAGUCAUACUAUACUCGACCCUAUUUUGGUUGUUAACCAAGUUGUGGAAUUCAAAGUCAUGUUUAUCUUGUUUGUCGAAUUUCCCUGACUGGGUGCUUCCACUUAUGCGGUCAGGGUUUUUCUUUUUUUUUUUUUUUUUACCGAAUUGAAAACAAAAGAAAUCGUUCAGCCUUGAACACGUGCUCUAAAUGAAAAAUAAGAUGUGGGCGUACAGAAUCGCUGAAUCAUUCCUCAUAAGGCCGGCAUCUGGUUAUAGUCGUUACGGCUAAUGAUUCUGAAGUAUUGUUUAGAUAAACAGAUGGCAAUUGCGUGAGCCACAAUCUUACGAAUGAUCGCUUCUUUAUAUUUUGUCAACGAGUUGAAUGUAUAUGUAGGGUUAGCAUAUGGUAUUAUAAUUCACAGGCCGGCUAUUACAAUGAAGUCUAACUGAACUUACGGUUUUUAGAGAAUCAGUACACAUCGACGUUUCUUUCUAAGUAGGUGUUGUGAAGUAUACAGUGCGCACUGUACAUAAAUGUUUAGCAAGACUUACUUGUGGCUAUGUAUCCUAUUAAAGUUGUUCACAAAAAGUUACAUUUACAGCGACAAAACACGGUUUGGCAUAGUCAAAGGUGGUUUAGGACACGGUUUUGCAAGACAACGGCCCAACUUUGAAUAAUGACGAAUGUAACCACACAGGGAAGCCACUUACAAACACAAAGCACGUAUAUUUUCUAUCCUCCUUCCUCUUUUUCCUGUUAGAGGAAACAGGUGGUAUGACGUCUGCAGCGAAGGCAAAAUAGCCGAAAAUAGAGGUAAAUAUCAAAGAACGACAACAACUAAAAUAUACAUUCAGUUUUCAUGGAAAAAAAGGACUUUUAUAUUGAUAUGAAAGGGUUGGUGUCGGGCAACGACGGCCCUCCAUUCACAUCAAUAGACAGAAGUAUAAAAAAUUCUUGUUUACUUGUAAGAACUGUGAUUUGAAACGAUUUCAAACAAAUGCAUGGUCCACAAAUUACAGUCCUUAUGUCUAACACCAGCCGAAGACAAAAGCACCAUUCUUUCAGCUCAAUCUGCUCCUUAUUUGGAAAAUGUAAAUGUUGUAGUAAAUAUGAUUUGAGCUUACGAUGAUUUCAAAUUUUGUUUGACGAUUAUGUUUUGUGACAGUGAUUAUGUACCUGGAACGAAGAAAAAAACAAAUCCAACAAGUUUAAGGUCAUUUUGAUAUUACAUUCACCUAAAAAAACAACACAUGUUGACUCCAAAAUAGUCUUCAUUUUAUGACGACAGCAAAACUGUUGCAAAAUUGUUUCUAUGCAAUGGUGUCAACGGUUUACACUGCAUUCAAAAGCGACCAAAAAACCCUUAACACUUAUAUUGACUGUGUGAGUUUAGAAAAGGUCAUUCGAAAACGUUUUGAUAUUAGAGGACAACAACAUGCAAAUGACGAUGAGUCCGCUGAAAUUGUGUAUAAUUGUGCAAAUGCGAGUAAACUAACUGUUCUCAAGAUGUCGAAAGGUACAAUAGCUGACUUUAAAAUACGAAGCAGCAUUUCAAACGAUAUGCAACAGAAUUCCGACUUCGAAAAAAGGGUAAAUGGUCACUUGUCUCGGUCAUGUAGUUUUUUAUUUUUUAUAGCAUGAUAAUGAAUUAAUGCCAAUAUUGACAAAAACAUCGUAAUUCAACUACUCAGUCCUUUUAUACCGAUACUCAAGAAAAUAUGCUUAUUUUAUUUCUUUCAUGCACAACUUGUUCCUGCCUUUUGUCAUACUGCAAACUAAUUUGUACACUUCAGAACAUUUUUGUGAUUCUAACACGGAUUUUUGGAAGAUAAAUACUCGUGAGUUAUAUUGCUGGUGCCAAAGCCUGACGUGCACGCCAACAUGUUGAGUUAUUCAGUAACAGUUUCCUAAUGCUGUCCACACUUUUAUUAUACUCACAAUUCUGUUUGACAGGCUACUUAAAAAAAAUUGAUUAACUCUAACCAUAUACAAAGCCGAGAUUGCUGCGGAUGAGAGCACUUCAAAACGGGUCUUUGUCUGGAAUGAGGAGCGUUUCGGCACUUACCAUUGUAAAACCAAUAUCACAAUGUGCCUAAAAUAAACAGAACAGCUCAAUGCACUACAGUUUCGACACCAACAUUCUCUAAACCGCUUACUGUGGUUCGUAUCAUUUUGAUUGUUUUGCUACGUAGAAUCGUAACAAAGAAUUAGCUCUACGGAAUUGACAAAUGCAAGGGUUUUUUCAACCUUUUCUAAUGCUGUUGUUGACUUUUGCAGGAGAGCGAUAAUAGUUUAUAAAAUGUGUCAGAAACAGAUCAAACACAUGUUUGGCCCUAAAGGUAUCAAUUACUUUCUUAACACCACAAGAAUUUACCAUGCUAAAAUUCUACUACACGGUUACAGCAAACUGAAACAACAUAAGGACUUAUGCCACGUGGAGCACUAUAAUAUGACGCGAUUUGGCUGAAUUUGCAGUGAAAAAUUACGAUGAAAGAAAAAACAGGAAACGAAAUUGGAUCUGGAUGAACGUUAUACACUGAAUGCAAGAAAAUGACGAAAAAGAGAAUGAAUUAACUGUUGCAUCCAUGCAAAGCGAGGGCGGGUUUUCGAAAGCAUUACCAAAAUUGGAGUUUCCAGGUUUCUGAUUUGGCUAUGAUGAUUUCGACAGAGCUUAUCUGCUUGAAUGUUCAACUUGAUACGUCACCGAUUUUGCAUUUCCAAUCACGGUAAGGAUUGACUUCAGUGGCUACGUGCUCGUGGUGGUCACUCAAUCUUCUUUCUCCUGGUUUGCAGUUUUAUAAGUUAUAUGGAGUCAGAGAGUUAGAGGUGAUCUUUAAAGAAGCAUACAUCAAACUCAAAGGUCGAUUGCAAAAGUUUGUAUCGUUGAGGUAGCGUUAUUGAUUUUCUGUGGCUUACAACGAUACAGAAAAACAGGAAGAACAGAUGAUUAUAAAAAAAAACAAUUUAAAAUGACAAGGUUUUUUGUCGCUUGCCCUGCCGGCUUUUCUUCCUUCUGCGAUUCUUUUUUUUUUUAUUAUUAUUUUUAUAAUUUUUUUUAACCCAAAAUAAGGGGGGGGGCCUACCCUAGAUCCGCCAUUGAUAUGAGUAGCACUGUCUCGUCCUUCUUACUUUAUCAGUGAUUUGAAAUGCUUCAGACAGAACGCAUUGGACUGAAAGCUACUGACAGAAAUGGAAAUAGGGUAGCAGUGCUACCAUCACUUCGCGCUCUCCACUCCCUACUUAAACACACACAAAACUUUACUCUCUUUAAAAUGACGAAAAAAAUAGAGAUAUUGUGAACAAUGAAAGCCAGAUGCGAACUCAAGGUACAAAUUGCCCAAAAUACAAAAUUUAUUUCAUUGCAGUCAUACAAGUAUUUUCUGAGGAAGACGUUUGAAUUGUUUAAUUUUUCCAAGUUUCAAAAUGUAAAACGUGUCUAGCAAGAAUAUCACAAGUGUUUAGACGCUGCGCGAGAAAUUAAUAUUUAUCAAUCAAACUAUCUUCGUCAAUUAUAUAGUCGUUUACAAACGUGUGUACGUGUACACGGAAGGAGAUUGUGAUAGAAGAUCACUGUUGUCACUACACAACACAGCUUGAGUUCUCCUCGUGGCGAUUAAUAGAUAAAGAAAAAUGCGAUUGAAAAAAAAAAAUGUUUCAGUGACCGCGUACGCGAAAACAAUGCAAUCAAUAACCGAUUUAGAAAAGAUAAGUAUGUUAAAAGCCCCACGCAAACGAAAAAGCUCUAAAACGCACACUUUUUUAGCUCUUCUGUAUAUCACUUGAUGUUAUUCUCCUAUGUAUCCUGAAACAACAACGACGUAGUGUGGAUAGUGUAGCUUUGUUUUUGCGUGCAAUUUUCAUGAUUUAUUUUAGCUUCGUAAACUGCAUCUGAUUUCUUGAAUUAAUGAAUGAAAAGUAACUCUCUUGAUCUGAACGGAUGUUUGAAAGUAAAUUUUACGGUAACUCUCGCCGGUUUGUGUUUGCUUAAUCAUGCCAUGCAGAUCCGUGCAUAAUGAAAAGCUAUCGGUCUAUUAGGAGAUUAACAGAAUGCAGCGAUAGCUCUUGUGAAAUACUCUCUUAAGAAAAUUUUACUUAACUUAAAUUUCAAAAUGGCACGAGCUAUUUGACGAUAAGAUGCGAGCUAGAUCUUUUUUCAGUAGAACAAGAGUGGAUAUUCUUCCGUUACGACGCUUAACUGGAGUUUCUUCCAUUUAUUUUAAAAUCUUUUCAGAAGUAAAUCCCUACAAUAACCUUGUUGUAAACGCCGACUGAACUAGAACACUUUGAAAGACCGACUCAAAAAAUCCGCUAAAUGUAGUUAAUAUUUGAUAUUUUAGCACCUUCCCAUACAAAUCACAUAUUUCCUACUUUCCUUUUGUGUUUCCCUCAUAAUUUCAUUGUUUUGCACAAUUUAACUGCGUACUUUGCCGAUAUUUCGCCGGGUACGUUAAAACAAUGCGCUGCGAAAUGAAAAGUGCUAAAUCUCAACGACAGGAAGAAGUAGGACGUAAAUCUGUUGGAUUGAGCAGGAUUGAAUCUUAUUGUGACAAAGCUAAGCCGUAGGCUAAAGAAACAGGUGACGGUCGGAAGAAACAAUGAUACAGUUAUUUAUUUAUUCCAAUCCGAAACAAAAGACAUUAAGCAAUUGAGGUUAAAAACACCCUAGUUCAACAUCAGUCGUGCUAACUGAGUGAUCCAAAUUUUGCCGCCGUCAAUCUGUGAAUUCGGUCACCUAUAAACUAUUCUCUAAACGUUCAUGUGGAGGAAACAAUCGAGGGUUUUAAAGAAUUGAGUAAGGUAAAUAUUGGCAUAACAACUGUUUUUACUGUUCUUUCGUGUUAAUAGUUUUGUUAUUUCAUUUAAGGGUACGAGCACACUCUUCGAUGUUUGUUAAUGAAUUCUCAACUGCCUGAGUCGUUCGACCGUUUAUAACAAAACUAAAAAAUUCUCUUAGUAAAACUUCAUCAGAAAGCAGCGCGACAAAUAUCCUCCCUCAGAAAUAACAAAUCCUGAACAGGAAUAUUUACCUUACAUGCAUAGAAAAUCCAAUAACCCACGACUGGAUGAGAUGUUUAAUUAUCAUUUGUAAGAGGAUAUCUAAGCCAUAACGUAAAAAACGUCGCAUAAAAACUGAAACAACUCAAAGAGGUUUUUCGAAAUCUGUACGCUAGCUUUAAGAAAACUGUCAACUGUCAAAAAAAACUUCAAGUUGGAAAAUAACUUUCGGUGAAAAUCUUCAAUUGGCGCUCCUAUGCUCUAAAAAAAUUAUAUUUUCUAAUACAAAUUACACCUUGAAUUCGCAAAACAGGUUUAUCAGUGGCACACAACCAUUUUGAAAUAAUGGUCUUGUUCAAUAGUCUAAUACAAUUUGUUGACAACUAGAAAUUUUUGCAUCGCGUAAUGAAAAGUCGAAUUUAGAUCUGUUUUACUUAAUUAUCCGAUUGGUAAUGGCUUGGUAAUAUUAGAUGAUAAAGGAAUGGUCAUAGUUCACUGAAAAUCGAUAGAAAAGUAUGAUUUUGAACACGAGUAAGAUGAGGCACGUUUUCGAAAAAGAACCACCUAGUGAAAAAGCGAAAAAAAAACCGCAUUUCUUAUAGGUCUCCUGUGUUAAACUCGCAAAGCAUUUUGAAAACACAGAACUAGUAUGAACAAGAUUCAAAGACAAAUUUGUAUAACUGUAUACGAAAUAAUAGAACACAUCAAUAGAACACCCAUUUUUCAUCACGCACAAUCCUUUUGACCUCCUCUUAUCGCUUGAAAACCUAUUAAACCCUGUUUAAAAGCUAUUGUUAUCCCUUCAAUUAACGCAGGUGUGACUGGGAUACAUUCAUUCACAAUUUCGAAGAAAAUCUCGGACACCUUUGUAGUAAGCCAUGUUUGAGACUUCAAUCUAUGUCAGAUGGAAACUAUUUUUGUUACUGUUUCAUCAAAGGCUGACGUUUACGCGAAAACAUCUGUAUCUAAGGCAAAUGUAAGGUGUCGACGCGCCCCCUGUGGCUACAAUGAAAACUGUCAAAGUUUGAAGCUUGCGCCAUACACAGUCAACAGCGUUUCACCUAGGAGAUAUAUCUGUACUUAUAAUGUUCCAUGUUGUAUAACAAAAUAUUACUUCAUUGUUCUCGACAUUGAGACCCUUUGAACAAAGGAAAGUUUGCAGUCGAAAUCUAAAAUGUUAGUUGCGUCAGGGAUUUUAAAUAUCCUUACCACCAGGUGAUCUAAAACUAUCUUCCAUAAAACUCUUUUUUAUUACACCUGAGGAUUGAUAAAAAGCGAUGACAGCUGAUAUUCAAAGCACCCUGUCAAGUACAAAUGACGGAUCUGGGAAACUAAAAAGUUCGUAAACAAGAGCCCUAGUUUAAAUCUUAAGAUGGCUUUACCACGCUAUAACUGCUCAUCCAAAUGCAUGAGAAAACAUGUUUAAAACAGACAAGUUAAUAAUUAAGAUACACCCUCAAGAGAACCAGGGAUUGGUUUUUUAGAGACAUUUUAGUUUUGGGAGAAGGACGUCUGAGCUAGAAUCUAAAAAUCAAAAGUGACGAAAUGGUAAUUGCUUUUAAAUUGUGACGAUUUGUUUUAAAAUCAAAAUGUUCUUUCUUCUCCGGGCAGGCGACCCGACAGGCAACAGGAAGAAAGUGUUAAUUUAUACUAGAAGCACCUGGGGUUUUAAGGUACCAACGAAUCAUCGAGUUUCACAGAAAAAUUACUGACUUUUUGCGGUCGCGUCAAGUUUCUUCUUGAACAAGGGAAACCUGGGCUAUCUUAAUUCAACACUUAUAUUUGAUGUCCAGACGAAGCGCUCGAAACCAUACUGACGGCGUUAGCCGCAUUUGAACUGGGUAACCCAAUUGACUGUGACCAAGAAAAGGUGAAAAAGCAGUUGUUGAACAUUAAUUGAUAAACAUAUCAAGAAAAGCGGGUGAGCUGACUUUGAGGAUUCAAUACAACACAAACAACUGAUCACUUCAGUUUGCAAGAGCCAAGUGAGCAACCUUCCCCGAGAGCUUACUUCAACAUGAAUAACACAACAAAUAACGAAACUGGACCGGGAAAUAUAAAUAGACAAGAGGAUGAGUUAAAGAAGAAGCUUCUCUUGUCAUUUUACGUGAUCGUGUUGUUCUUCACAGUGGUGGGAAACACGCUAGUAUGUUUGGCCAUCUACAUCGACCAACGGUUGCGUAGUCCGACCAAUUGGUUUAUUGCGUCACUGGCGGUCAGUGACUUGUUUUACGGGCUCGCGGGGCUGCCAUUCCGAAUCGUGGUGAAUGUGACGGCCUUAACGAAUCUAAGCUUGUGUUAUCUUUGGAUAUGGGUGGACAUGGUCUGUGCCGCAGCCUCCAUGGCUAACUUAGCUGUCAUAUCGGUGGAUAGAUACUUGAAAAUAACCAAACCGUUCAGUUACCAUAGACAUAUGACGAAAAAACGUUCGUUCUUGGCUAUAGGCGGCGUGUGGCUGUAUGCGCCCAUAUUGGCGUCGUUUGCCAUAAUCAAAUGGCCUGGAGCACACGGGGUAAUAAUAGACGUUCCGCACGAUCUCUGCUACAACGACAACAAAGUAUUUUACACUGUGGCCAACAUAGUUGCUUUCCUUUCUCCGCUUAUUGUGUUGAUCGUCAGUUACAGUUUAAUUUUUCGCACAGCCUUGAGCCAUUUCAACAAAAUGAAGGACAUGAUCGUAGGCUCAAGCAGUAAAGAGGACAGGCGCAAGCAGAGAAGUAUCGUGCGCGACUUCAAAGCCACCAAAACACUAGCCAUUGUGCUGGGUACAUUCACAGUAUGCUGGUUGCCUUUUUUCAUUAUGUUCACUAUUUCUUACUACAAUCCUAACUAUCUACGUCACUUUCCAAUGAAGGUGCAAACAGCGAUCUACUAUCUCUUCUUCUUCAUACUACCGAACUUAAAUAGCGCUUGUAACCCUGUCAUUUAUGCCUACUUCAACAUCGAGUACCGCCGGGCUUUCAAGAAGAUUAUGUGGUCGUUGUGCGAAGAUUCAAGCCGAGACCAGACAUUUAGGAGGAGAAAGAGUUCAUUAACGAGCUUCUUCCAAGCUAACCUCGUAAGACGAGGGAGUCCGCAGGAUUACAUAGCAGACGACAAGAAUCACAAUGAUAGGAAGUCUUUUCUUAACGGAAAUACUGAGACGACACACGUCUGAAGGACUUAACGCGGGAUUUCUUUGAAUAGCAUACAAGAUAUAAAAAGCCAAACAGUGGAUAGCUUCAAGAAGAAAAAUUAUACGAACGUUCUCGGAGAUAACUUUAGUUGUGACGCCGGCUUUAUCACCAAAAAUCAUGUACCAGAUUUGUAUGUGUACUUUAAAGCAAGCAUUCUCUUUUGAUAAUCGUGUGCCAAAAUGCGGCGCGUAACGAUUGCAUUAAAAGGCUCGGAUUUAACAAUGCAGCUUGCUAGCAAGCAGUAAUUUCUAUUAAUCUGCUAAGCUUCUGAACAAUCAAGACAAAAGUUUCGUCUAAGUUUACAUAUUAAUUACGCAGCAGCCAAGGUUCCCCAGGAAUGCAGAGUUUUUCUUUGCAGGUCUAGCCUCGCAGCGAAACGAAUUUACAAGACGUCCGCGAGCCUUUGAUUUUGGCGGGAAAAUGUGAUUUGCCAUAGUAAUGAUAAUUUGUCGCGAAGAUCUUUCGACAAUGACGUAAUGCAUGUAGCUAAUCAAAAGUCUUAGAAACAUGGCUCACGUUCAGUAGAUGAUUUUGUGACCAGGAAAACGCUUUCAAUCGUCCCAGCUGAGUUAACUUCCUCACUCACUAAAAUUAAGUUCUAGAUGUAUAUCUCCACUGACAUAUCGUUAAAAAUUUUGCUGUAAAAUCUCUUUCACAUACAACUGUAGCGGAACUCGUUCGUAAAGACAAACGCAUGUUACCCAGGCCUAAUCGAAUAACAUAUAUUUUUUAGUUUUUAAUAACAUAUGUACAUAAAGAGAGGGUUACACAGAAUAUUUGGGACUUUGACCAAUCUUGAUAGAAAAACAAUCAUUAAAAUCUUGGGA